CUCCCACCACUUUUAUUUCCCGACGGUAAUAGCUCUGCAAGUUCUCACCAGACGGAGACGGCGGCAUCAAAGUUUACUGAGUACGACCGCAUCAUUUCAAUCCUGUUCAAAUUGUUAUAGAUAAUUUUUCACUGUAUUUUUGACAGUAACAGUUAAUAUGGCACGCAGAUAUGAUACCAGAACCACGAUCUUCUCUCCGGAAGGUCGUCUGUACCAAGUGGAGUAUGCCAUGGAGGCCAUAAGUCAUGCCGGAACUUGUCUAGGUAUCCUAGCCAACGACGGCAUCCUCCUGGCAGCUGAGAGAAGAAAUACCAACAAACUCCUUGACGAAGUCUUCUUCUCCGAGAAAAUUUACAAACUAAAUGAGGACGUGGUGUGCUCGGUGGCUGGUAUCACCUCGGACGCCAAUGUCCUGACUAACGAGCUUCGUCUGAUCGGUCAGAGGUACCUCUUGCAGUACGGCGAGACCAUUCCAUGUGAACAACUCGUCUCCUGGCUGUGCGAUGUGAAACAGGCGUACACCCAGUUCGGUGGCAAAAGACCGUUCGGUGUCUCCAUUUUGUACAUGGGGUGGGACAGGCAUUAUGGAUAUCAGCUGUAUCAGUCUGAUCCCAGCGGUAAUUAUGGAGGGUGGAAGGCCACUUGUAUUGGCAACAACUCUGCUGCUGCCAUUUCGUCGCUGAAGCAGGAGUACAAGGAAGGAGAGACUACUCUCAAGGAUGCUCAGGCACUUGCUAUUAAGGUCCUUUCGAAGACACUUGAUAUGACUAAACUCACGGCUGAGAAAGUGGAAAUGGCGACACUCACUCGGGAAAAUGGUAAGACAGUUACGAGAAUUCUGCCAGCAGCUGAAGUGACAGCACUAAUCAAAGAGCACGAUCGAUUGGAGGCACUUGCCGAGCAAGCUAAGAAGGACAAGCAGAAAAUCUAGAAUUAGUCGCAUUAAUUUUUCAUUGUUCUGGAAGACGAGGGGAUUUGGAACACUAUAUUCAAUAAAUAUAUUUCAUUUUUUUUGAACAACCA